UUACCAGAAAAUUGCGUGCGUUGCUGUCUGCGUCUCUCUCUCUCAUAAUUCGCUCGUAAUUUGGAUACUUACUACUUUAUUAUAUUCCCAUGUUUGAGUUAGGGAUCGUAGACUCAUGAACUCUCUUCGGAAGCCUUGAACGGCAGGAUCCGAUAAGGCUUCGAUUGUCGUGGAUCCGAGCUCGACCCGAUCCAUUUGGUUCCGAUCCGCGUGAGAAUUAAUUGAUUGAGCAGCACCGGCCAGCCUCUGACUCUCUGAGCAUGUUUCUGUUCGACUGGUUCUACGGUGUGCUGGCCUCCCUGGGUCUCUGGCAGAAAGAGGCCAAGAUCUUGUUCCUUGGCCUCGAUAAUGCCGGCAAGACCACCUUGCUUCACAUGUUGAAAGACGAGAGACUGGUACAGCAUCAGCCUACGCAGUAUCCAACAUCAGAGGAGUUAAGCAUUGGGAAAAUCAAGUUCAAAGCCUUUGAUUUGGGAGGUCAUCAGAUUGCUCGCAGGGUCUGGAGAGAUUACUAUGCAAAGGUAGAUGCUGUGGUGUACCUUGUGGAUGCCUAUGACAAGGAGCGGUUUGCUGAAUCAAAAAAGGAACUUGAUGCACUCCUUUCUGAUGAAGCUCUUGCCAAUGUCCCUUUUCUAAUUCUAGGGAACAAGAUUGACAUACCAUAUGCUGCCUCAGAGGAUGAGUUGCGAUACCACCUUGGGCUGACCAACUUCACCACUGGCAAGGGCAAGGUAAACCUAACAGACUCAAAUGUCCGUCCAUUAGAAGUAUUUAUGUGCAGCAUUGUACGGAAAAUGGGGUACGGUGAUGGUUUCAAAUGGCUCUCUCAAUACAUCAAGUAGGAGGAUGGUCGACAACACGUACUACAGCCCCUUGAACUAUCACAACCUGUGGCACCUUACCUCAAAAUUUUAUUCAGUCUUGUUUUAUUUAGGCUCUUUAAUUGGAUCUUUUAUUGUCUUCGGAUUUGUGUGGAAGGAAAUAUCAAUGCCACUGCUUUGUAAAAAAAUUUAUUUGUGGCCUCAAUCCUUCUCUGGCGUAUUUCUAUUGUUUUGGAGCAAGGAAAUAGUACUUUGUCUGGAA